AUGGCGCAGAGCAUCCAAGGACAAGUCUUAGGCGCCGGCGUGAGUGAACUCUGGAAGGAGCAUGGGAAAGCUGUUCGUAGCGGGAGGGUGAAGAAGGCCACGCAAACCCAGAUCCGUGGUGUGCGCCUGAAACCAAGCGGACGGUACGGGGCGCAGAUCUGGGUUCCGUCGAGGGGCGGCCAUGUCUGGCUUGGCACCUUCGAAACCGCUGAGGACGCUGCCAAAGCGUACGACGCAGCGGCCGUCGAGUUUCAAGUCACGGGGCGGGCUGUGAAGAAGACGGCGUCUCGGUCGGACGCCUGGACGGAGUUCCGCGGUGUGCACCGGACUCUCAGCGGCCGGUAUGGGGCGAAAAUCAGACACUGCAGGGGAAAGGCUCCGACGUGGCUUGGCACCUUCGACGUCCCCGGGGAGGCCGCCAGAGCAUACGAUGCCGCGGCCGUCAAGCUGCAUGGCGCGAGAGCUGUCACCAACUUCAAGCAACCAAGCGAGGACGGGGAUGCCACAGCAGAGACGAUGGUGGUAAAAAAGGACGAGUCGUCGAUGGACCUCGUCAACGCCUUCCUGGAGAUGCCGGCGCUCGACUUCCUCUUAAACAACUUCCCCUCAGGUGCGAAGGGUGACGAUCUCUUGAACGAUUUGCCGCCAGCGGAGCGUCAGCUCGUGGAGGAGGGGUUCCUGUCUUCCUGA